GAGCCUAAAAGCAGCUGCAGCGCUGCUUCCUGAUGUAACUCCACAGCUUUGCUUAUACUCUUGCGUACUUCCAAACCCUAUUUUUUGCAUCAGCCCUAUGUUUUGGUCGCUUCAAUGCCAAUGUAAGGAAAAAUGUAUUCAACGCUCAACUUCUCCACUUUUGACGAUUCCAACCUGUCGGCCCUCACAAGUGUUGACCCUCAUAGACUUCAGGAGCAGACACACCGCUCCGUUAAAAUAAGCAUAAUUAUCGUUUUGGGUGUGAUGAUCACUUUGGGAAACAUUGCAGUUCUCCUGGUUAUUACUUCAUCCGUGGCUGGUUGGUCAAAGAACUCUAGGUACUUCCUGCUCUCUCUCACCGCUGCAGACUCUGCGUUUGGGCUGCUGGUCAUGCCCUUGAAUCUGUGGGUGAGUCUGCUAAAGGACUACACCGAAGGGCCAGACGCUUUUUGUCACGUCGUGGCCUUUUGCAAUGCCACCGUCUACUCCACCUGCAUGUACACGCUGGCCACGAUAAGCCUGGAGAGAUAUAUUGCAGUGUUUUACCCUCUGCAAUAUUCCUCUCUGAUGACUAGAAAAAGGACCCUGCUCCUGAUUGCCUUUGCCUGGUGCUUCCCUCCCUUCCUACUGUUGCCAAUAUCAUUUCCAGUUGGGAUUAUCGAGGUUCAUUUUUCUACCGCAUCCCUGGUCUGCAAUCCGUCCUACUCGACAAAUGUUGGAUACACCCUCAGUUUGACAUGUCUGAUAUUUUUCCCCUGCUCCAUCAUCAUGACACACGCAAACCUGAGAGUGUGGUGUGCUGCAAAGAGACAGAGACUGAAGCUAAGCAAAUACACAUGUGCGCGUCGCAGCAGACACAAUGUGGCAUCCCGAGUGCUCGUGCCUGUGAUGGCAGCAUACUACGCCUGUUGGACACCUUGCAUGGCAGCUAUGAUCUACAACGCGGUCUCAGGAAGCAGUGUACCAGAGUGGCUUGAGUUUGUGGUGGUGUGGCUGCCUACCUCCAAUGGUUUCCUCAAUUGCAUCUUCUACUUCUGGAUAAACCGAAGCUUCCGCAGGAAAUUCCACCUUGUGCUCCAGAGGAUGCUUCUGACCCUCUGCCCCAAACUGGCUGACACCCUUGGGUGCUGCAACCCUUCAAAUACCGAUUUUGUGUUGGGAAUUACAGAUAAUAACAACAGUGUCCAUGAGCGUUCCUCCAGCGUAUCCUCCACCUGCACACUGUUGUCUUUGGCUUAGGAUGUGGGCACCUGAAGAGCAACACUGGCAUGGUAAGGGACGGGGUCAGUGACCUUUGUAUUGUCUGUCUUUUGGAUACUGAGAUAUGGGUCUGAUAAGUUGCAGUGCAAAUGGGAUGGCGCUAAGACAGGCUAUAAUGGCAAGUAAUUGAACUGUACAGUCUACAUCAUUGUAAUUUGAGUUAUAUUAAUUACAUUCUACUUUUUAUAUAUUUUUUUUAUACAUUUGCAGUCUUAAGAUAGUGUCCAGUUGAGUGGGACACAGGCUCAGUAUAGAACUUAUUUGGAUUUUUUUUGUUUUACUCAUGCAAACAGUAUUGCCAAGAUUAGAUUUUUUUUGUCUUAAACCAAUUUUUUAGUUGUUUUAUAGUUCGCCAUAUACCUUGUCUGUGCGUCAGAAAUGCCCACCAUUAUUCGGCAUACAGCUAUAUAAUGAGCCUUAUUUUAAAGUGUCAGCGGUUGCAUAUUUAGACUCGUUGCCUCUGUCAACAUAUUUCACUUCAAACAUUUGAGGAUAUUCAAUUAUUUCAUCACAAGAAACUGAUAUUUAGAGUCCUAUUCAUAUAAAAUAUUUGUCAACUAACAUCACUAUCUGAUUGCGAGCACUUUGAGGACGGAGGCCGUCUACCUUCUUUCCCUUCAAACAGUGCGUCUAAGACCUUUGCAUAUAACAGAUGGGAGAAGUUAACCUUUAAGUCAAGGCAUUUCAAUGUAUGCAAGGAGAAAAGUAAUUUGCAGCCACACUGUAGAAAGGUCAACACAUUUGUGCCGUCAAGAGAUAAUUUGGGUAGCUUCUGAAGCUGCGGUUGUUUAUUUUGAGAUAUUAAGCCCAUGAUCCUCUCAGUAUCUUCUAAUCCAAUAUGAAAUUGGUGAUGCCCAUGUCAUGUUUAUCUUAAUAGGUUUAACUGCCAGAGUGAAGGUUUAUUUACAUUUAAAGUUAAUCAAGAGUAUUGUUUUCCCCAAAAAUCUAAAGAAAUUGAAAUUCAGAAACAUUUUAUACAACCUUUUUAGCCCUUUGUGUUUCUGCUUGGUGUCACCAUCGUUCAUGUUAGUGCAGCUGCAAAUGAGUGUCCUCUAAUUUGUGUAAAUUAUGUGUAUACUAAAUUAUGUAAAAACAAUAACUGACUAAAAUAUUACCUGUGUAUUUAUACAUGUUAUGUUUCUAAAGUCCACAUUUUAUAAUGAUUGAAAAAAAUAACAUUUGAUAAUGUAUUGGUUUAUGGAUAAUCUGUGAAAUAAAGCAUCAUGCC